CUUUUUAAGUAAGCGCAAGAGGAAAAAAGAAAACCUUCCAUCACUCUCGUGUUUGUAAAAGCUGUCAGCAAUCCUGAGCUGAUUGUAAAGGGUUUUACAGCUAUAUGUUUCAAUAGCUAAAACAUCUGUUCAGCAACGUUGUGAAAUCCUCGUGUUCGGCACCCCUGAUAAAGGGGUCUGCUGAGCGAUUGGCUCAUAGAUGCUCUACAGGCAGCAAGGGCUGUACAUACAGUGGUGACCGCUUGCCUUUCCUCCUCCUGGUCAGAGGAAAACGUAGGAGACAGCUACUAUUUUACGCGUGAUUUUCCUUUGAGGGGGGAGAGCAGGAAGUGCCUAGGAAAUGGUUCACGACAGAAACCUGGAGUUGUAAAUAGAAGAGAGGAGGAGAGGAGCUCAUGGGUUCAGUUUGUGAGCAGUUGAAAUACUGAUACCACAGCAGCAGAGAAAAAGCAGGCUUCUGUGACAGCGAGCACGUCCCAAGCUAUCCUGAUGGAAGGAGAGACAGUACCCGAGGCCAGGAGAGCAGCCAGCAAAGCCACGCGGAUCGCCCUCGGCGUCUUUGUGAGCGGCACCGUUGUGCUUGGCACCGUACUUUUCUUGGUUAGCCAAGGUCUUAUAAAGUUUCAUCCAAAGCAACAGUACUGUUUGACCUCAGAAUGCAUUGAAGCUGCUGCUGCCAUCCUAAGCAAGAUAAAUCAAUCCGUAGAUCCCUGUGAGAACUUUUAUCGAUUUGCAUGUGAUGGCUGGAUUUAUAAUCACCCAAUUCCUGAAGACAUGUCAAACUAUGGUGUUUAUCCUUGGCUGCGACACAACGUGGACCUCAAACUAAAGGCAUUGCUUGAGAAACCCAUCAGCAAAAGACGAGACAGUGAAGCUGUGCAGAAGGCCAAGACCCUUUACACAUCCUGCAUGAAUGAGAAUAAAAUUGAAAAAGCCGACAUGAAACCCCUGUUAAGCAUACUGAGGCAUUCACCUUUCCGCUGGCCUGUGCUGGAAUCCAACAUUGGACUUGAAGGGCUGUGGUCAGAAAGGAAGUUCAGCUUAGUCCAAGCCUUGGCAACUCUUCGUGGUCAAUACAGUAACUCUGUCUUUAUCCGUUUAUAUGUGGCUGCUGACGACAAAAUCUCCAAUCAGUAUAUCCUGAAGCUCGACCAAGCAAGCCUCUCUCUUGCAUCUCGAGAGGAUUACUUAGAAAAUACCACAGAAGCCAAAUCUUACAGAGAUGCCUUUUUGCAGUUCAUGGUUGAUACAGCAGUGCUUCUGGGCGCAAACGCUUCACGAGCUGAAUCUGAUAUGAAGUCGGUUCUAAGACUGGAAGUUAAAAUAGCUGAGAUCAUGAUUCCUUAUGAAAAUCGAACAAUUGAGGUGAUGUACAACAAAAUGAACAUAUCGGAGCUUAGUGCCAUGAUUCCUCAGUUUGACUGGCUGGGAUACAUCAAGAAGGUGAUUGACACCAGACUCUAUCCUGAGCUCAAAGAUAUAGGUCCUUCAGAAAAUGUGAUUGUCCGUGUUCCCCAGUACUUCAAAGAUUUAUUCAGGAUACUAGAAAAUGAAAGGAAAAAGACUCUUGCCAACUAUCUGGUGUGGAGGAUGGUUUAUUCAAGGUUAUUUAACCUCAGUAGACGUUUUCAGUAUCGGUGGCUGGAAUUUUCUCGGGUGAUCCAUGGAACCACAACUCUGCUGCCCCAGUGGGAAAAAUGUGUGGACCUCGUUGAAAGUGCACUCCCUUAUGUUGUGGGCAAGAUGUUUGUGAACGCUCAUUUUCAAGAAGACAAGAAAGAGAUGAUGGAGGAGUUAACUGAAGGAAUUCGCUGGGCUUUUAUUGACAUGCUGGAAAAGGAAAAUGACUGGAUGGACUCUGAAACAAAAAGAAAAGCUUAUGAGAAGGCAAAAGUAGUUAUGGCAAAAGUGGGUUACCCUCAGUUUAUAAUGAAUGACACAUAUAUUAAUGAAGACAUCAAAACACUGAAGUUUACAGAAAGUGACUAUUUUGGCAAUGUGUUGCAAACUCGCAAAUAUGCAGCCCAGUCUGAUUUCUACUGGCUUAGAAAAGAAGUUCCAAAAACAGAGUGGUUUACAAGCCCGACAACUGUAAAUGCUUUUUAUAGUGCAUCUACCAACCAGAUCAGAUUCCCAGCAGGAGAACUGCAAAAGCCUUUCUUUUGGGGAACAGAGUAUCCUAGGUCAUUAAGCUAUGGUGCCAUAGGAGUAAUUGUUGGCCAUGAGUUUACUCAUGGAUUUGAUAGCAAUGGUCGGAAAUAUGACAAAAAUGGAAAUUUAGACCCUUGGUGGACAACUGACUCUGAAGAAAAAUUUAAAGAGAAAACAAAAUGCAUGAUUAAUCAAUACAACAAUUACUACUGGAAGAGAGCUGGCUUACAUGUGAAAGGCAAGAGGACUUUGGCAGAAAACAUUGCAGAUAAUGGAGGUUUGAGAGAGGCUUUCAGGGCAUACAGGAGAUGGAUUACAGAAAAGCGGGGAGGGGAAGAAGAGCCUUUACUGCCAGGCCUUGAGUUCACACACAACCAGCUUUUCUUUCUGAGUUAUGCCCAUGUAAGAUGCAACUCCUUUAGACCAGAAUCUGCAAGAGAGCAAAUACAUGUUGGAGCUCACAGCCCUCCUGAGUUCAGAGUUAUCGGUGCCAUGAGCAACUUUGAAGAGUUCCGUAAAGCUUUCAAUUGCCCAACAAAUACGACGAUGAACCGAGGGGUGGAAUCCUGCCGGCUGUGGUAGACGUCCCUUCCAGGUCUUCUGUCAAGGUCUGCAAGGUCAGCUGCUGCACCUGAGCUCAAGCCCACUGCUAGAGUUUCAGAAUAACAUUCUGCAGUCUGGAGAGGGGUUACUUCAAAUGCAUCUUCCUUAUCCAUGCUGAUAACCUGUGUGGAACUAAUCACUCUCUAUCCAGAGCCUAAAAACUUUUGAAAUAAGAGAAGCUGAUAGGUCUUCUUUAGUAAUAAUUUAAAAAAGGAACUCUUUUUAUUCAUAAAGCUACUACUGUUCAUCUGGAGUUGCAUUGCUGUUGAUGGGUAACUGCCAUUACAAAUUCUAAUUCCUGAUUUAUAACCGAGCAAGAGGUAAAAGUUAAAAUCCAGUUUUAAUCUAUUGCUCUGCAGGAGUGCUAUACAGAAUGUUCCCACACAAAAUUCAUUCUUUCUGGAUGAAGAAAUUCAUGAGACCUGCUAUAAAGCCAGCUCUGAUCUGCUGUGUGAUACAGCAUUUUCAUAACUUAAACUGUCACUGCCCAGCACGCUAUAAAUGAUGUUGCAUGGUGUAAAGAUACAAGACUUUAUAUAAAUUCAGUUUAAUAUGCCAGGUUAGUGCCUCAGGUUUUAGAACAAUUCCAAGCUGAGAAAGGACCUCAUGGCUUCCAUGUGCUAGGACUAAACAGAAAGGAUACUUGUCAGAUCCUGGCCUCUUCUAAUUUUAGAACAGCUUAUGGUAAAAAUCAAUGUAUGGUGAAAAUCAGAGGCUUGCAGAGGGAAUUCCCAGCACCAUGAUACUCAGAAAUGUUAUGGCACUUAUUCCAGUUUACAGUGUGGGCAGUUUUUUUCCCCAAGGGUUCAUUUUUACCUUGUGCUGAAGGUAGCCUCACCUACAUUUAUUUUUAAGCCUGAAAUACUAUACCAGUUUUAAUUUAGGGAUUUCUUAGUGUCUGGGUCUUAGAGAGGAAUGUAAGUAGUGUGUAUGCUUGUCCUCACGUUCUGGGCAGGGCAGGGUGACGUGACUUUAAGGAAAGAAGACUUUGUGACUGAAAAACAGAGUAUCAACAGCAUUUAACUUGUCUGGAUAAAAAGAGAAAUUCAGGAAUAAAGAACUUUUAAAUAUAGUAUACACACAGGCCAGUUGAGUUUUUAAUUUGAUUUCUAAUAAUAUUAAUUAAAAAAACAUUUUAUUGCAGCAGAACAACUUUAACACAUAACUAUUACUAAGGCAGGGGGAACAAAACAGCUCUUUCUUCCCCAACAGAAAGAUAUCUAUUUAAUGGGUAUUUAUUUAUACCUUGUGCAUUAAUUCAUUUUUACACGGUCAAAUUGUUUCAAAUGGGGAGAGAGUUUCUUUAGACCAAUUUAAUUACUGUAAAUCUAUAUAUGUGUCUCUAUGUAUAUACUUUAUAUAUAUAUACAAAAAUAUAUUAAUUCUUCUAUUUGCUUAAAUUUUAUUUUAUCAGUAUAGAAAUGUUAGUAAGAGAAACUUUUUUUACAAGGAUUGGUCAAAUAUUUUCCAACAGUCAAGGUAAAGGAAGGUUCAAUAGAAGCUAAGAUUUUGCAAAUGGGGUUAGUUUCCUAUGUUUCUUUAUAAAGAAGAGAGACAUCAUGGAAAUAUAAUUUAUGGAAGGAAACUGGCCUUCAAGCUACCUUCCAGAGAGAAGGAAGCUGAGACUCCUGAACUCAAGGCACAGUUGCCACUUCUUAGAAACAAAAUAUUAUGUUUUGGGACCAGGACUUUCUUUUUUCACUUUUUCCCUGAAAAAGUAAAAUCUUCUUAAGAGGAAAAGCACUUUUGCUUCCUUCAAGCCAGCUCUAUUCCUGAACUCCGUGGAUUACAGUUUGUCAUUUGAAUUGCCACUACUAAAUUUUUUUUUCCUGGAAAUACUGUUCACAUAAACUGUUUAGAUGUCAGUAUUUUCAUAGAGACUUUCCCCAAACAAGCAGGUAUGCAUCUUGAGCAAAGUGAUACUCUUUGCCUACUAAUGGGGAAUUUCCUUAGCAAAUUGAGUGCUGUACUGAAUUAAUUCCUGUGCUCCUAUGAGCAGUGACAUGACUUGAUGUUGGCUGUUUUUGGUCAAUAGCACUAAGUUCAGGGGUAACAUCCUGGCCCCAUUAAAGGUAGUACCGAUACGGUCGUUGUCCUCAGAAAAGUCAGGACAACAACUCAAACACUUAUCUAAAGUCUAAAUUACUGGACUAUGCAAAGCCGAUUUCGCAACAGUCAGCUUCGAGUUUUCUAAUUUUAUCUCUCAGGUCAGAGAUGCAUUUACCAGGGAUCCUCUCUCAUGGCUAUUUUCCAGUGGGACAGAUUCCUUCAUUUUGUGGUUUAUGGGAUUGUUUCUCUGUACUGGAUAGCGAUUUCUUCUGAAAUGCCUGAUGUUCGCUGCCGUAAAUGCUGCUCUUGCUGCUCUUGCUGGGCUUGGAUUUUUCAUGUUUAAUACCAAGGAUUUUUGAACUGUGGUAAACAUUUUCUCAACAGCACAGGAACCACAGCAAAACUGUGUAAUCCUUACUCGGGCAUCUCUUGCAGCAGGCAGUGGGCCAGGUCCUGGGAUGGGGGGACAGUAAGGAGCUGGAGGGUUUGGGGGUGAUGCACUAGGAGGGAGGAAGAAAGGGCAUGGCCAGAUUUUGGAACUUGGUUUUAGCAGCUGAGAGGGGGCCUGUGUGUUCCCAGAAAAGCCAGAAGUCCUUGCUGCUGACCAGCACAUUCAUCGGUAGCAUCCAAGCUUGAGAAACCCUGGCUGUUGACUCAGGUUUUCAGUACUUUGGGCUUCAGUCUUGCAUAUGCCUGUGGGAGGAUCCCAACCUGCCUUGCUUGCUCACUUUUUACCUCAAGCCAAAGAGCUGAUAAUGCAAUUUACAGUUCACUUUGAAGUCAGCUAUUUAGGUACCAGUUGGAAAGCAAAGCAGAAGGUAAUUAAACGCAUUCUUAAAACUUGGUCACCAAAGACAGCUAAAGCAUAGCAAUGGUUUGUGAGGUCUUGUCCUACUGCCUCCAUUUUAUCAGACUCCCUGGCCCUGCUUUGUUUUCACAUUGUGCCUCCUGGGUCUAUGGUAGCAAUGUCUUGCUGCAUUGCUGCGAGGCUCACCUAUUACAUCUAUGCAAACAGAUCCUUCAUCAUAUAUAUUCUUCUCCCAGAGCUUUUAAAUUGGUAUUUUUUUUUUAAUUGCCAGUAAUUAUGUCAACACUCUUUUUCCUUUAAGCAUAUUGUGAAAUGUUUCUUCCUGUUGGGUCAGUAAUCUUCUCUUCCAGUGAUCAGGUAGGGAAAGAACACCUAUAAACAGAUCAUUUUUACCUAUGUAAAUUUGGAGAUAUUUUCUACUGUGUAGACAUAAAGAAACAAUCCCUACUCCUGUCCCACAUCCCCUUCUUUGGGUCCUGAAAAUAUGUAAACCUUUGUAAAGCCCAACCCUGAAAACACUAAAACACCACCUUAUACACUGUGAGUAUUGCUGCUGAUCGCGUUGUGAAACAGUGAGCUUUAAGCACAAGUAGCUCUCUGAAAAUGCAGCUGUGCUGUUCACCUGUGUAAACUGCUUAGGUGUGUAAAUGAUGUCCCAGCUGGGUCUGGAUGCCGAAGGACCAAAAAACCCAGCUGCAUUAUACAGCUCUGCCUUGUGUUCUGUGCAGGGAGACUUCAGCAUUCUUUAUGUAGGUACACUAUUAUAGCUCUCAAUGUUUGAAUUAUUUAUAAAAUAAUCAAGUGGUAUAACUUUUCAUUGAGUAUUAUUCAACAAAUUACGUGCUUAGAAGUAUAUCUCACAGCAAUGUUUUAUAUAUAUCUGUCUGUAAAGAAAUAUUAAAAGCUUGAUGACUCAAAAGGCAGAACUAUAGUGAGUUUUGUGUUUAUGUCUUUUUAAUCUGGAGCUUUAUUUUGCUAGUUGCUCUAUUGUACUUUUUAAAUUUUCUUCUUCCAUAUUAUGUUGAUAGACUUUUUAAAGACACCUGUAUUAGCCAAUAAAAGCCAAAGUGAUGAAGAAUUUUCCUGUGCUUGCAGUAUGGCAAAAGCUGCUUGGCCUGUCACUGUCCAUCUCUACAAUGUUACCUCUGUAAUAUA